UAAAGCGGGUUAAUUUGGAUGAGGUGAUGGAUGUCUGGUGGAGAGGUGGUAACUCGCUAACUGAUUAGCCAGCUGUGGGGGAAAAAGUGGUAUGCAACUUCUGAAAUCUGACGGUGGGUGUACGGCUUCACUUCAACAAACGUACGUUUCCUGUUAGGUGUUAAAAAUUUAGUUUUCGUGGUUGCUAUGGAUGAACGAAAAAGCGUAGCUGCCUACAGUAUUUGUUUUGAGCACGCGCGGUGCAGGGAGCAUGCGUGAUCUUGCACGAGUGUAGUAUUCCAGUGUUUAUGUAAGUGCGGCUGGGUAGCAGGGCUCGCGUUCUGGGGGGAUCACGGUGUGAAUGACAGACCCUGUUAGCACGUGCAAUUCCCUGUCCUUGCUACGCAGGUCAUUGGGUCAAUAUGCACUGUAAUGAAUAUGUACACGUUUUAUCAAUUGCUUAACUACGUUUCAUAAAAAUCGUUGCUGCUGACAAUCUGGCUAGCUGGUUAGCUAACAGUUAGAUAGCUAGCGGUUUACUUUUUUGCACGCAUAACACCGAUUACAGAUAUGUUGGGAUAGGAACACAGUGUAGAAUAGUCCGACUUUGUUUCGCUAUAGUAUGCAACUCGCAAGCUAUAUAAGUCAGGUUGUAAAAUGAAGCAAACAACCAGCUAGAAAGCAAAUGAUCCCUCCUAACAUUACCUACGCCUUCUGAAGCUAAUUAGCGAGAUAGCUUAAUUUUGGCAAGACUAAAGUUGUUAACGUAUGCGAAGUUAUUUAGCAUUCUUACUGAUAUAAUAGGUAGCUAUAACUGACAAAUUCUCUUGUCCCGAAUGGCUAGCUAUAUAGGUGUAUGGCAAUGUGAGUCGCUGCAUUGAGCUAAGUGACGAGUUGGUUCUCUUACCCCUUGCUAAAGAGCAUUUUAGCUGUCGUAAAUAGUUUCAUCCCCACGCAAAUUAACGGUAGCUGCGCACUGUUACGCAGAAUAAUCACCCCAAAGCUGAAAUAUGGAAACCAAAUGCAUCAUUAAAUGUCUCAUUUAGCUAGCGACUUCAGGGACAGAAUGGCAGCUAGUGGCUUUUCUGAUUUAAGGGAGAAACUCAAGGCUAUGACUCCACACCGGGACAAUUAUAAAAACAAAGUUUCAGACCACAGCAAAGGGCGCAAGCGUAAAUAUUACGACUCGGAGGAAGACUACAGUGACUACGAAGAACAGCGCGAGUUGGAAGCACUCAAAGUGAAGAGUGGAAUUCGACAAGUGAAUAUUUUCAGCUCGGACGAAUGCUCUCGCAUUGAGGCAAAGAUCGACGAGGUUGUCUCCAAAGCAGAAAAAGGUCUUUACCGAGAGCACACAGUGGACAGGGCGCCUCUUCGGAACAAGUAUUUCUUCGGUGAGGGUUACACCUACGGAUCUCAGCUGGAAAAGAAGGGACCGGGGCAGGAGCGAUUAUAUUCUAAGGGCGAAGUAGACGAGAUCCCAAACUGGGUGCACGAGCUUGUCAUCAAAAAACUGAUCGCCAAUCAUAUUAUACCUGAAGAUUUUGUCAACAGCGCGGUGAUUAACGACUAUCAGCCUGGAGGAUGCAUAGUCUCCCAUGUAGACCCCAUUCACAUCUUCGAGAGGCCCAUCGUGUCAGUUUCGUUCUUCAGUGAUUCGGCUCUGUGCUUCGGGUGCAAGUUUCAGUUCAAGCCCAUAAGAGUAUCGGAGCCCGUGUUGUACCUACCUGUGAGACGUGGAAGCGUCACUGUACUCAGCGGUUACGCUGCAGAUGGAAUUACCCACUGUAUCCGACCGCAGGAUAUCAAGGAGAGAAGAGCCGUCAUUAUACUGAGAAAAACAAAACCAGAUGCGCCGCGACUGGAGGUGAAGUCUCGCGGUGACACAGCCCUCCAUACCUCCACCCCCGGGAGACACCAGAUACUGAAAGCAAAGCGUUCUCAUCGCAAGGCUGACCCUGAUGCAGCCCACAGGCCUAGGAUACUGGAAAUGGACAAGGAGGAAAAUCGGCGCUCUGCGGGUGUUUGGAGACCCAGACGACAGAGCAUCUCCAGCUCCGAGAACUUCUGGAGGAGGUCUCACGAAGCGGCCGGCAGCUACGAGGAGCCCGGCAACAACUCGGUGAACUCUGCCAGAAAAGUGAAAAUGAGACGACACUGAGGGAGGUUGCCCCACCAUGCCCCCAGGGCUCCUCAUGUAGCAGUCUGAGGUCUCUCAUGUUCUUGGCAGUCUACAGGUUAAGGGCUCACAAACGAGCUGCAAAAGCGGGCCCUCAGCGUGUAUGUGUGUGUUUCUUUUAGUAUUCGAUUUGGUUUGGCAGGAAAUUAUUCAGAAUAAGAGGAAUGUGAUGAGCAGAGAGGAUUUUUUUUGUUCUGCCCACUGCACAACAGCUAACGACUUUGAAAUUCAAGUAUUUUCUGUCCACGUGUGGCAGUUGAUGUGACUUCUCGUUGGGCCUGUGAUGCACACAUUUGUUGAUUUCUUUCAUGUGUGUCUGCCAUCCAUGUCAGUGUCACAGAUGAUCUCCCUCUGUGUGAGAGGUGUCUUCACAGGAACUUGAGAAGUUUUGUGGAUGUUUUCUCCUGCUUCAUUUAUUUCUAAUUAAAAUGUUGUG